AUGGCCUCAUAUCUCUGCACCAUACAUAAAGCACAUACCUGCAUAGGUUUUGUAGAUGCAGACAUUUCCUGUGAGUUUCUCAUCCCAGUGAAGGUGAACUCUGUGCAUAGCAUUCCAUGUGCUGGCUUAGGGUCAGUGGAGGCUUGCCCAUAGCGGCACUUGGCACCAGUAUUUAUGUCGGGAUUGAUAUAAUUUGCAGAAGUUGAGAAACAUUUAGAUUAGGGGAUGGUGGUAAUCCAAAAAAUAAUAUGGUAAAAAAAAAAUAGUGUCUCUUUAAUUUAAUAAUAAGUUUAAUUUCUGAAGGGCCCCUUCCCGUUUACUGGUAGCUGUUUUGAGAAAAUUACAUGUGCAUCUAGGCACGUCAUAAAAAUGCGUCUGGUUUAAAAUAUGCCCUGUUUCAGCAAGUUUUGCACAUGCCUAUGGUCCUUUAGGUAGGAAUUUCAGGAAUUUCCCCACCAUCCUAAAGCUUCAUCACCGCUGCUUAGGGUGAUGGGGUUUCCAGCUGACCUCUUAUUUGUUUGUGCUGAUGGAUAUAUAGAAAAUGGGUAGAUUGCUCUUUUUUUUGGUUUGGUUACUAUUAUUAUUAUUAUUAUUAUUAUUUAUAUAGCGCCAACAAAUUCCGUAGCGCUGUACAAUGGGUGGACUAACAGACACAGAAUUGAGAUCAGACCACUGACGUACAGGAACAGAGGGGGUUGAGGACCCUGCUCGAUGAGCUUACAUGCUAGAGGGAGUGGGGUAUAGUGACACAAAGGGUUAAAGUAGGGGAAUUAAAUAGUUUGUUACAGAAGGGUUUAUUGAGUGCUAGGUAGGUCAUUUUUGACAGUUGCAGGAAAGGUUACAUGGGGUGGGGGAUGAGAAACCUGCUGACAGUUUAAUUGAUACGCUUUAAUGAAGAAGUGAGUUUUCAAAGAUUUUAGUUACUACUAAAAACGUACAAAUAUUGCUUAUUCUGUAUUUUGGUUAAUUUAUGUUUACCUAUGUAUAUCUGAUUGAAGAGUUUUAUAAUUAGUAUUAAAAUAAAACAGUAUUAAACUAUGAUUUAUUUUAUUUAUUAUUUCAUUUCCUUCUUGUGGCUUUUUAAUUUAAAUGAGGGCCCAAGUUGAUUCACAUUCAGAAAUCAUCACUUCUCUGCUCUUUGCAAGCAAAUGGUAGAAAUCAGGACUAUUUGCCUAGCAACCAGUGGGCAAAUAGGUUAAUAACCCAUGAUAUUGCAAGGGUUAAUUAUGUGGUAGCUGGACAGUGCUUACUAGCCAGCCGCCAUAGUAAAAAGUAAAAAAUAACCAUAUGGGGAUCAAUAUGGCAGCAACAGCUGCCCAGAUGCCAGUUUCUUAAUCCCAGCUGCUAGAUAGCUGCCACACACUUAACCCUUGCACCACCAAGGAGUUCUUAUUUUAAAGCAGCACUUCAAGCGCCAUAAAUUCUAAAGCCUGCUGUAAUGGUUAUGGUGCCAGGAGUGCCCUGGUGCCUUCUCAUUGAAAGCAGUCAAGACAUUUAAGAACGAUUUAACAACUUACCUGGGGCUUGCUGGUUGCCAGUCAUCUUUUCCUCUGCAGCCCUAGAAGCUCCCUCUACUGAACUAAGCCACCUGGUGUUGCAGGGCGGCAACCACUGACAUUCCGCUACAGAGGAGGAAAUGACCGGCAUAUCCCAGAUAAGUUGUCCAACCUUUCUUAAAUGGUUUAACUAGGUAGGUACACUAGAAGGGCACCAAGGUACUUCCUGGACCAUAAGCAUGACAGCUGGCGGUAGUGGUUAUGUUGCCUUCUUGUGCUCCUCUGUUUGUCCGUUGACUGCUAGCUCUUCCUGCCGGCAAAUAAUGUGGAUUUUCUAAAAUCCAAGUCCAGAUUUUACCAGUCUGGAUCUGUAUUUUACUAUUCGGAUAUGGAUUUCAGCCAUUUGGUGAAGCCGGAACUCUGAAUCAAUUCAAGUCUAUUUAAUGUCAAAACAGACUUUGAAUAGGCUUGAACUGAUUCAGAGUUUCAGCUUCACCAAAUAAUCCAAAUCCGAAUGACAAAAAUCCAGACAUACAUAUUCACUACAGUGAGAAUUCAAAGUGAAUUCAAAGAAUCCAGAGUAGCCGAAUUGAAAGCAUUGCAGAGUUAGAGAAUGUUUCCCGUUCGGCUAUUUUGAACUUAAAUUUAAAAUUCCCCAUGAAUUCUCGCUUUAGUUAGUAACCCUGUUAAUCUUACAAGCAGCGUCCGGAUUUAGCGGUCCGAAUUUGGACUUUAGUAAAUAACCCUAUAACUUAAUGCAAUUGUCAGCAAGGCAAACUGUAAUAUUGUUGUAUUUUGUUCAUUUAAUAAAUAUAAAUAUAUAUAUAUAUUACUUUGCUGAUAGGCAGCAGCCCACAAACCACUCUAUACUAUUAGCCCCUGUGGGGUAUGACUCCCCUUGGUGGUUCAUUGUAUGCAUUGGUGGUGCCCAUGUAAUGUCACGGUCACACAGCAGGUGGCGCUGUUCAGCAUGCGGCCGUGGGAGUGGAACAUAGCGUCAUCCGCCUGCCUGUAUCACUUGCUAUGCGCUCUCCCCUUGUUACUGGCGUUUCUAUGGACACGGCUGCGGCCUACCUGUGUGAGCGAAGCCUGCAUUCCAGUAAAUCCAGAGAGUGCCCUGGGAGAGGGGCCCCGCUGAGGAUAGAGCACAGCGGGGUCCCUGCGGACUAGUAGCAGUGCUGGGAGGAGGUAGGAAGCUGUGUGUGGGGAGCCUGCCUGUUCAUAAGGAGAAACAUAGCCAUUGGGGCCUGAGUACAUUUUAAUCAUGUUUAUUUUUUAAUUCUUCCAUCUUUCAGGAGCUGUGUACAGUUACAAUGUAUGUGCAAUACGCACUGGUGUAUAUAUAUUCUGCUAGAGCUGAUACUAUAUGUGUUACUCCUGUGUCUGUGGUGUAUAGUUUCCAUUAUUAUUGUUUAAUGAGCUCAUUUUGCUGCAGUCUGUAUAAUGGCAAUGCUCCCCUCUCCAUAUACAGGGGGCCCAGCUCACAUUUUACCAGGGGAAUGUACUAAUACAUUGCAGGACAGCAAUGCCAUCACUACAACCUGCAGGCUGCAUUGACAAAGCAUCCCUAAUAACACUGGCAGCAUGCUCUGAUUAUAUACAGUCUGAUACAUUCCUGGCUCUCAUCAUUUUCAUGAUCUUAGUUAUAAAGAUCUGGUGGCUCCUUCUUUUGGGAUAACUCUUUCACUCUCUGUGUUUUAUCUAAAUGUGUUUCCAAACAUAUCCAUGGGUGUUAGGAGGGAGGGGGUUAAAAUGUAAAAAAUAAAAUAAAAAUCUAAUUGGCCAAUGGUCUAAAUCAGGGGUCCUCAAACUCUGGCCCCCCAGAUGUUGCUGAACUACAACUCCCAUGAUUCUUUGAAUUACAUAGAUAGCCAGAGAAUCAUGGGAGUUGUAGUUCAGCAACAUCUGGGGGGCCAGAGUUUGAGGACCCCUGGUCUAAAUUGUCUUGUCUGUGAAGACAAUCUACUUGUCCUGACACAGAACAUCAAUUAUGAAGAAAGGGGGCACUUGCCUAGAGUCUUGAACGUUGACUAAACUCAUUUUAACGUUGACUAAACUCAUUUUAACAGAUUAAAUCUGAAUGGAAAAAGGAGGCAAAAGUAGCUGAUCAGGACAUAUUAUCUAUCUCUGCUUAGAAGAUGGGUGUUUUGCGAUUUGGAUUUGUUUUGCAAAACUUCGAAGUUUUGUGAAUUACUCUGACUGUAGUCUCUCCCUUUAUUAUAGUGUAUGUGUGUUGUAUGUUUGUUUUUUUAUGGAUGUGAUUCAGAUUUUGGUUUUCACCUACCUUGCAAGGACCUCUCAUUGAGCUGUAUUAAAAAGUCUGUGAUUGGACCGCAAUAUACAGUGUAGGCUGUUUUAGAAGGGGUGGGCUUGCAGAGGCUGCAGAAAAGAGAACGACAGGUUUUGCUAGCUGUUUUUAGCUUUACCUCCAAUAAAUAAAAUACAUAAUUAAAUGCAUGUACGUUUUCUUUUGGGGGUAUAUCUAGUAAGCAGCGAUUUUUAUUCAUUUUGUAUUUGGGUGGUUGUGUCCCUUUUAUUAUUACACACGUAUAUGUAAAUAUGCAUAGUACACUAUAAAAAUGAAAGUAUACGUUAUUGAAUUUGUGUAAUCAAACCUUGUCAUCACUAACCUAUAUACCUAUACACUGUUACACACAAUCAUUGUCCAACACACUGUCAUUCUGAUACACACACCCACAAACACACACUCUGACCCAUACAUACUCCAUUCUCACACACAAACUAACACAAGGUCCUGCAGUCUGUUUGCAACUUGUCCUCUUCAUUUCUCUUCUUGCACAGAGUGCCGGUUACCUGGAUAUGACAUCCCGGUAUUGCGUCAUUGCUUGCUCUUUCUAACGCCCUUCCACCAACGUUUUGUUUCGUGGGACACAAAUAUUGGGGGAAUAUGCUUUAAGUGUAAAAAUGAUCUUUAUGAUACUUGGUAUUAGGAGGUAUUAUCUGUUAAGUGGAGCCUGUCAUGGCAGGUUUACUUUAACCUCUUAAGGACCAAACUUCUGGAAUAAAAGGGAAUCAUAACAUGUCACACAUGUCAUGUGUUCUUAAGGGGUUAAGAUAAGAAUAUAGUUUGGAUUGGGACAUUGUGCUGUUGUGUUGACCGGUGAACAUUUGAACACCAACCUGAAAUCACCAUUUUUCCAUAUAUAUUGUUACUGACCAAUUUCAUUAAUCCACAAUUCUCAGAUCACAUUGUUUCUUGUCUUCUGCUCUUGGAAGCUGUCAUUUAUUAAACGUAAGAAAUAAAAAUACAGCAUAUGUGUGUGUAUAUAUAUAUAUGUGUGUGUGUGUGUGUUUUCUCAUACACACAUAUACUCUGCAGUUUGUCUUGUCCUGCAUGCUAAAGCUAGUUGCUCCCUGCCCUUCUCAACAUUGGUUUUGUUAACUUAAAUGUUAUUCAACAUCCUGCUUAUCUCUAAAGAUUUUCUCUGUUAUUUCUUCCCCCCCCCCUUAUUUUAUUGAUACCCACCCAAAUGUCUUGCUUGACCAAUCCUCACCUCCUCUGUGCAUCUCCAUUCCAUAGCUUUUAUUGCAGUCCUGUUUUUGACCCUAUCAUCUCUGUCUUCCACAGUCUGAGUUUUAAAAGACCACUUCUAGCAAACCUGAACAGUGCUCAGUGCUCAAAGUCCAUUUUCAGAUUUUAAUUAGUCAACACAAAAGCCAAUUAACACUUCUUGUUACACUGCAUCUAUUUGUGCUUUUUUUCUUUUUAUUUGUUACAUUUUUUAUAUAUUUAUUUCUGUAGCAAUACAUGACCUCCUCAUCUCUAACUCUCUCACAAUACUGGCACUCACUGAGACCUGGCUAUCUCCAUCCGAUACCGCUACUCCUGCUUCUGUACGCCUUUUUAAGCCCACUCCUUUAAGAAUUGCCAUCAUCUAUCGCCCCCCCGGUCACCCUAAAUUAUUCAUUGAACACUUUUCCUCCUGGUUACCCCACUUUCUUUCUCUAGCACUCCCUCUCUCAUACUUGGGGACUUCAAUAUCCCUAUCAACAAGCUCAAUUGCCCUGAUGCCUCUCGUCUGCUCUCUGUAACCUCCUCCUUUGGACUCACACAGAUUUCUUCCACAGCAACUCACACUGCAGGAAACACUCUUGACCUCAUCUUCACCAAUCUCUGUACUACCUCUGAUCUCGCCACUGCUCCAUUUCCUUUGUCUGACCACCAUCUGCUAACAUUUAACAUCUGCAUACCCCAUACCAAAAUUCUCACCACCGUCCACUCUCCAACCUCGCAGAAACCUCAACUCUCUCGAUCUCCAGCACUUCUCCACUAAACUCCAAACACUCCUUUUACCCAUCUCAAAUCACAACUGCCCUAACUCUGCAACCUCACUCUACAACUCCACUCUCUCCUCUCAACUUGACAUCAUGGCACCUCCUACAGUUAAACGCAGCAAGCGCCCCCAACUACAACCCUGGCACACCAAGCUGACCCGUUACCUCCAAAAAUGUUCCAGAACUGCUGAACGCUGCUGGAGAAAGUCUCACUUUGCAUCUGACUUUGUCCAUAUAAAUUUAUGCUGCGCUCCUACAGCAUGGCUCUUUCCUCUGCAAAAGUAAGCUACUUCAACACCCUCAUAAGCACACUGUCCCACCAACCCAAACACCUGUUUCACACUUUUGAUGCACUUCUUCGCCCUGUGACUCCCCUCCUUCCACCACCUUGUCCGCCACAAACUUUGCAUCUCAUUUCACUGAGAAGAUCUCUACAAUCAGGAAAGAGAUCUCUAAUCUUUCUCCAACCAGUAUCAAUACAUCACCCAACCCCACUCCCCUGUCAUCCUAAGCUCAUUUGCACCUGCUACAGCACAAGAGGUUUCUGCUCUGCUCCUGUCCUCCCGCCCCACCACCUGCUCCCUCGAUCCUAUUCCCUCGCAUCUCAUCCGCACUUUGUCUCCCUCUCUUGCUCUUCCUCUCGCUAACAUUUUCAAUCUCUCCCUUUCCUCUGGCACAUUUCCCUCUGCCUUCAAACAUGCAACCGUAACCCCAAUUCUGAAAAAGCCCAACCUUGAUCCCAACUCCCCAUCCAACUACCGCCCUAUCUCGCUACUGCCAUUUGCCUCCAAGAUCCUCGAGAGAGUUGUCUAUGCCAGAUUAACAGACUUUCUUGAAUCCAACUCUCUGCUUGACCCCCUUCAGUCUGGAUUCCGCGCUGGUCACUCUGUCGAAACUGCUGUGACCAAAGUAUCCAACGAUUUAAUUGCUGCUAAAUCUCGCGGCCAAUACUCUAUCCUAAUCCUCCUUGAUCUUUCUGCCGCCUUUGACACUGUUGAUCAUCAACAGCUUCUUCACAUUCUCCGUAACUUUGGUCUACGGGAUUCUGCUCUCUCCUGGUGCUCCUCCUACCUCUCCCAGCGCUCCUUCAGUGUUUCUUUCUCUGGCUCUGCCUCUUCUCCCCAACCCCUCCCUGUCGGCGUCCCCCAAGGUUCUGUCCUUGGCCCCCUACUGUUCUCUAUCUAUACUGCCUCCCUUGGUAAACUCAUCAGCUCUUUUGGCGUCCAAUACCAUUUAUAUGCAGAUGACACGCAAAUCUACCUGUCCUCCCCUGAUCUCUCUCCGCCUACCUUGACUUGUGUUUCUGACUGCCUCUCUGCUAUUUCCAACUGGAUGGCUGCUCACUUCCUUAAACUCAACCUGUCCAAAACAGAACUUCUAGUUUUUCCUCCCUCAAGUGCUGCUACUCCUGUGUCUGUCGCCAUCCAAGCCAACGGCGCUACUAUCACCUCUACCUCCCAGGCUCGCUGCCUAGGGGUUCUUUUUGAUUCUGAUCUCUCUUUUACUCCCCAUGUUCAAUCGAUAGCCAAAUCCUGUCGCUUCCAACUCAAGAACAUAGCGCGCGCAUAUCUAACGCCGGACGCGGCUAAGGUACUGGUUCAUGCUGUUGUUCUCUCUCGCCUUGACUAUUGCAAUCCCCUUCUCAACGGUCUUACAUGUUCCCAGCUUGCACCGCUGCAAUCUAUUAUGAAUACGGCUGCGAGGCUUAUUUUCCUGUACGGUCGCACCUCCCACGCCUCCACGCUCUGUCAGUCCCUGCAUUGGCUUCCAGUUAGAUAUAGGGCCCAAUUCAAAAUUCUGGCGCUUGCUUACAAAUCCCUACAUAAUGCUGCUCCAACAUACCUAUCUUCCCUCAUACACAAGUAUGUCCCGACGAGACCCCUGCGCUCAGCCCAAGACCUACUCCUAUCCUCUGCCCGGAUCCCCACCUCUGAUGCUCGCCUUCAAGACUUCUCCAGGGCUGCACCUAUUCUGUGGAACUCCCUUCCCUCCUCAAUCAGACUUUCACCCAGCCUCCAUUCCUUCAAAAAAUCUUUGAAAACUCACUUCUUUAUUAAAGCGUAUCAAUUAAACUGUCAGCAGGUUUCUCAUCCCCCACCCCAUGAGUUCCUUCACCUGUCAAAAAUGACCUACCAAGCACUCAAUAAACCCUUCUGUAACAAACUAUUUAAUUCCCCUACUUUAACCCUUUGUGUCACUAUACCCCACUCCCUCUAGCAUGUAAGCUCAUCGAGCAGGGCCCUCAACCCCCUCUGUUCCUGUACGUCAGUGGUCUGAUCUCAAUUAUGUGUCUGUUAGUCCACCCAUUGUACAGCGCUACGGAAUUUGUUGUCGCUAUAUAAAUAAUAUAAUAAUAAUAAUAAUAAUAUUUUUAUCUUAAAAACAUACAAAAAAAAAACAAAAGGAGUGUCAUGCUGACACUUGGUAUAAUUCAGUGAUGGAUGGCUUACAACUCCUCUUUGCACCAUAACCACUAUGCUGAGGUGUAGUGGUUAUGCUUAGAGUGCUACUUUAUUGCCAUGUAGAAUGUUAAUAUGUGAUCUUAUUGAAUGUUUUAAAUAGAGAGGUAGAAUAAGCUAAUGAACAGACUGCUUCAUACUUGACAAAAUCAACGUCAUAUAUAUGGGGCACAAGGGGACUGUCACUCAUUUUGACAAAAUGGUGCUUAUGGCGGCUAUGAAUGACUCCUCCACCAUGGAAUUCGAACAAUGCUCUCUUUUAUUUUAUUUGGAUUUGUCCAGUUCUGGCCCGAUAUGGAGACAGACCCUAUGUCCCGUUACCAGCUUAUUAAUGGCUAAGAAAGUGCCCUACCAGUGGGGGAGGCCAAGAUCUCUGCAGGCUACUGUCAGAGGGACAGGGUACCUCUACCUAUUUCUAAGUUGGUGGGGUUUUUUUGUGUUUUUUUUUCUUUUGUUUUUGUUCUCCUGCCUUCUCCCUAUUUACUAUAUACCAGUGGUUCCCAAACUUUUUAGGUUCAAGGCGCACUUACUAUAUUAAUAUUUUUUCAAGGCGCCCCAAAUAAAAAUAAAUCUAGGUUGUAAAUAUGUACAGCGCAGCGGCAUAUACUGGGCCCCUGUUCAGCGCAGAUUCAGAACCUAAUCUUGGGAGGGGCAUUGGUAGAUUAUUUAAAGAAACAAUCCAGGCAUAAUAACCACUACAGCACUUUAUGUCACUACUGGUGCCAGUAGUGCAUUAGUGCCCUCCCAAAAUAAGUAGUCAAACUGUUUAAGAACGGUUUGACAACUUACCUGGGAUUUUUCGAGAUAGGGGCAGUAGUGUGUGUGCGUGCGUGGGCAGGUUGUAUGAGGGGGCAGUGUGGAGGUAGGAGAGCAACUUCAUAAACAUAUAAAAAAAAGAUUAUUAAUUAUUUUAAUCCCCCUCCCCCCCGCCUACAUUUGCCUUGGAGGGGGACAGUACAAAGCAAUUCCUGGUGGUCUGGUGGCGCCUCAGGAGCUGCUAGAGUUCACUCUCGUGAGAUUCGGAGUUCACUCUCGUGAGAUACACCCAUUAACUAACCAAAAGCUAGCUAUGCUUUGAGCUGUAAUUGUAUUGAAACCCUUAUAAAUGUUAAUUUAGGGGUUGAAUGCAUACCCCCCUUGUUCCAAUUUAUAAAAGUGCCAGUUUCAAGAGAAAUCUGCACUCUUAUGAAUUGUUUUAGGAAGACCCCACUGGCUAUCAAGGCUGAAUGCUAAGAGAGCUUGAAUGAUAUUUAAAUGGAAGUGAGAGCUUCCACCGGAAAACAUUAGUCUCAUGCUUCCUUAUAAGCGCAUUCUAUUGGGUAAUCAAAACAACAAACAAAUACAUAUAAUGUUGAAGUGCUCCUUUUUAAAAAUGCUUUCUUCUUUAAAGAUGUAACUGUUUAUGUUAUCUGUGAACAUUUAUCCCGACAAUGGCAUUUUUACAAGCAAACACGUGCCUGAUGGGAGCCACCACCCCAUGCUUACUCAGUAGCUAGAGUUAGAGAGCAAAAUGUUCUUGCACUCAAAUAUUAGCUUAACAUGUCCUUGAAUGUGAUACUCACUGUAAACCUAUGUUAUACUGUGCGGUGAGUGCUUUUGCUAUUUUGCCAUGUAGACCCCUUGCUAUUUUUAUGUUGUCCAUCCCAUCAUUCUAAACCAGCUGUAAAGUGUAAUAAUGUUGAGGGAGAAGCAUCACAUAAUCUGUCUGUAAAUGUUUUUACAUCAGGAGUUUGGGGUUAUUAUUUAAAC